GGGCGCGCUGUAUAUUUACUGUCCUCGCCUGCUACUUCCUUGUUCCCCCAGCGGGCCAGGUGCGGCAAACCACCCUGCGGACACCGCACCUGGCCCUGCGGAUGUCAGAGGAAGAGGAGGAGAUGCGGCUGCUGUCUGGCCGGUCCCCGUGCAAACACCCCCCACUGGCACCAGCAACCCAGAGCUGCCGCCCCGUCCCGCCGCUUGGCACCUGGGUGCCUGGCUUGGGGGCAGCCGCAGCGUCCCUGGCUCUGGUGGCGUGUGAUGCCCUGGGUGCCAGCCAGAUGCCAGGCGCCUGCAAGACUGCCCAAGGGAACUGCACCCGUUUCCCGUUCUUCUCGGACUUCAAGGGCCAGAACAGGGUGGCCCUGAGCGCCCUGGAGACCGCCGUCCUCUCCUGCAUCUUCCUGGUGUCGCUGCUGGUCAACAUCUGCGCCAUCUCGCUGCUGGCCAGGACGAAGAAGUUGCGCACCGCCAACUACCUGGUGCUCAACCUCUUCUGCGCGGACCUGCUCUUCAUCAGCGCCAUCCCCGUCAUCCUCGUGGUGCGCUGGACCGAGUCCUGGGUGCUGGGGGAUGUCGUCUGCCACAUGCUCUUGUACGUGAUAAGCCUCAGCGGCAGCGUCACCAUCCUGUCGCUGGCGGCGGUCAGCCUGGAGCGCGUGGUGUGCAUCGUCCGGCUGCGGCACACGGCCCGCUUCAGCUGCAAGCUGCUGGCCGGGACCCUGCUGCUCAUCUGGGGGGUCUCCGCCCUCGCCACCCUCCCGCUCUGCCUCUUCUUCAGCGUGGAGCCCCUGCUCAGGCACGGCGAGGAAGUUCAAAUUUGCACCUUGGUUUGGCCCAGCAUUGCAGGAGAAAUCUCUUGGGACGUAACAUUCACCUUUGUUGUCUUUAUAAUACCAGGAUUAGUCAUUGUGAUCAGCUAUACAAAAAUUUUACAGAUUACAAAAGCAUCAAGAAGAAGAUUAAAUGUUAGUUUAGCCUACUCAGAAAUUCAUCAGAUCCGAGUCUCCCAACAAGAUUACAAGCUAUUUCGAACUUUGUUUGUGCUGAUGAUCUCUUUCUUCAUCAUGUGGAGUCCAAUUGUCAUCACUAUUCUCUUAAUUUUAGUUCAGAACUUCAAACAUGAUUUGAAUAUUUUGCCAUCAUUUUUCUUCUGGAUAAUGGCAUUCACUUUUGCCAACUCUGCCGUCAAUCCAGUUUUGUAUAACGUUGCCCAUUUCAGACAUGAAUGGCGGCAGUUUCUUUUGUGUUGUGCAGCUCUUCCUGGACGGAGAAUGACUAAUACAGAAACCACAGGAAGAAGAAAUGACCACAGAGAAUCGAAUUUAUCUGUAGUUUACAAAUAAGUCAUGUAUGAACUAUGUUUCAGCUGUUGCUUUGGCUGCUAAACCAUACACUUUCCCACACUGACCAGCUCACCAUUUUAUAAUAUUAUAUGCUAAAGAAAGCAGAUAAGAAAAGAAAUAUAUCUAUGGUUCAACUUCUACAAUCCUAACCCAGGCAAAAUUCUAUUGUUUUGGGAGUUUUGCCUGAGUAAAACUGCAGAAUUAAAUCCUAUCAGCCUAAUUCUCUUCUCACAAUGAUGUAAUCAGGAGUAACUUCACUGACAUUGGUGGAGGCACAGUAAUGUAAAACAAUGUAACUUCAGAGAAGAAUUGGGCUCUAUGAGGGCAGAUUUUCAGAUGGUGUAAAUUGUCCACUGACUACAGUAGAACCAUGACAAUUUACUGAGGAUAUGCCCCAGUUUUACUAUCCAUUUGCCAGUAAGAAUAGAAACAAACUUUUAAAAAUGGGUGUAAAAAGUGCACCCUCAAAAAUUUCCAUGCAGUCACUAAGCCCAUAAAAUAAAAAAAGGCAUUUGCAUGCAUAAAUUAGGUGACUGGCUGCCUGAACAUACUUUUGUGCAAACUACCUUUAUGCAUAAAAUGCCAAUCUGAGUAGGCAGAUGUGAUUUUUGCUGGUUCAAUGAGCGUAUGAUCAUUUUUGCUGGUGUGUCCUACAUUUGAAAAUUUGGUCCUUAGAACUAGUCAAUCUCUGGCACCAUUUUGCUGAAUUCAGCAAUGUUACAGUAGAUAGAAAUGUUUAUUUUUCUUAAGAGUGUAAAAACAGGGUCAUUACAAAUGGUGCAUUUUUACACCUCUUAAGUAUGAAUGUAAUAAAAUAAAGCUAUUCUGUGAUGUGAUCAAUGAACUUCCUUUUGUACUUAAAUACUACUUCGCUUUCCAGUGAAUCCAAUAAAGAAGCCACAAUAAGUCAAGAGGACUUAAGGCAUUUUAAAAUUAGAUAUUAGGGAUUUUUAAAAAUAUUUGCCUGCAAGGUUACUAGACAAAGUCAAAAACCAAUAAGAAAAAAACAAAAGAUUACAUACUUAAGUACCGCCAUCUGGAUUCCUAUUUCUAAGCAUUGCAGUAAAAUAAUAUUUUUGCCAAUAAAACAAUCAUCUUUUUAUAUUUACACAAUAUGCAUUCCCUGUUAUCCAUGUUUAUUAAAAGUUUCAUUGGUUUAUUGACAGGGUGAGCUACAGAGCUCAGAUAAAUAUAUUUUAAGUUUGAAUGAAGCUGCUUUAAAGAUCUACAACAAAACAGUCAAUUUGUAAACUUUACAUCCAUAUUGAUGUUACAUGAUUUGCUUCCAUAGUUUCAAAACUCCUUAAACGCAGAAUCCUGAAACAAAGAAAAUAAAAUUAAUGACAUUUCUAAACCAGCACUAGAAAGAUAAAAAUAUAUAAAAAUGUAUCAAAUUUAAAGUGUGGGUAAAUGUAUUUCCUUUAAAGUAGUCUUACACAUAUCAGUCUAUUAUUUGCAAUGUUAUUCUGCUCUUUAGAUCUGUAGCACAUAAUUCCAAAGGAUUUUCAACUCAGCAUAGGACAGGAAUUAAUCAGAUCUGUUCCAUUUGUUCCAGACAGUAAUGCUGAGGCAAAGAAGCAGCUAUAGCACAGAUCAAGCACAAGAACCAUUUCAAAUUAUAUUUAUCUAAGUAAGAUGUAUCGUACUUUUCAUUUAAGAUCACAAAAAAUGGCAGUAAUAGACUAUCUUAAUGUACAUACAUUUAUUUUCUUGUGAUUUUUGUUUUUAGUGUAUGCUGAUACAAGUUCAGGUUGCAAUGCCCUGGUUACAAUGAAGUAAUAGCUUGCUCUGCAAGCAGUCCUGUGGUCAAUAUAACUAUUUGUGAUAGUUUUAUUGUCAUUGGGAAUACGCACGGAGGGCAAAACUGUGAUACUCUUACCCACAAGCAGACCAUUGAUCUCAAGGUAGUAGCCCAACCUGACCCACAAUCAGUAGGAGAUUUAGCUUCAGAAAUGCAAGUUAAGUGGCAAAAAACACCAACAGCCUUUUCUCUAUAGCUUCUUUUGCUUGAAAAUAAAGAUAGUUUACCAAGAACUGCUAUUUAGAUAUAACUAUAUUUAUAUCAAGUCAAGACCUGUGUAAUUAGUAAUUUAUUUAUUGUGCACUUCAGCACAGUAUUAGUUUAAAAAGGCAAUGAAGAAUCUUUGGAAAAAGGAUUUAACUUGAAGAUAUGGUCCAGAAUCUAAACUGAAAGAGUCUGGACCACUUGAGGAUUACCUGUCUUGUCCAUUCCCUCUGGGGCACCUGGCAUUGGCCACUUCCAGAAGACAGGAUAUUGGGCUAGAUGGACCUCUGGUCUGACCCAGUAUGGCCAUUCUUAUGUUCUUAUGUUCCCUUCAGUGGGAGUUUUACCUCAGUAAGGCCUGCAUAACAACUGAGUAAGGACAUGAGGAUUUGGCCCGCUUGCGAAUAAUUCUGUAGUUCUUGCUAGCAAAACUAUGAGAUGCAGGGAGGCCUCUGUUCACGGAGAAAUUGAAUUUACAUGGACUUUGUAUGAAGAAUUUCCUAAUGCAGAUGUUUUGAUAGUCUUUUUUUUUUCUUUUAGCUCUUGUACAAAUAUGGACAAUCACUGUUCAUUGCUCCAACGUGUAUCUGUUUGGUGUGUAAGAAUCUGGCUCAACAAAACUAGGGAGUUCAGAAUCAAUUAAUGCUCUGGUAAAUGAUCCGGAGCUUUGUCUGAAUUGUGACUAUCAUGCCUGACUAGCGGAGGAGGUGCACAAUUGGCUCUAGGUCGCCAUGACACUUGAUGCUGGGGUCAUCUAGCCACCACUCUGCUCCCUAGCAUAAAAUAGAGCAGCCUCAGAGGAUCCAAAAUAUCAGUUCUCAUUCACAAAGAGCAUGGAAGCCAAAUCAGCCCUAGCAGACAUCUCCAACCACUACCCACCAUCUGAAAGAGCAGGCAAUGAGGAAAACAUGCAACCCAGUGGAGCAGAGUUAAGGUUUGUGUGAAAAGUGGGGGGUCUUCAGCUUUUACAAAGGGAGAGCAAUUAGUACUGGGGCAGAGUUAAGGUUGGUGCUGUAGUAUUAGAAGACAAGUUCCUAACAUUUGUAUUUUCAUUUUAUCAUUCAAUGUUCUAUUAAUGAUAUUUUUAGUAUGGAGGGUGUAUUUGCAACUUUAACUGUGCUUUUAAAAACUAUGUUUUGUGGAGAACAACUACUCUUUUAUGUGGAGAUUCUCCUGAGAUGUUUGUAGAUGUUUUGUCACAAGCUGUGAAUAUUUAUGAACUUAUUAUACGUUUUCUUUACAACUUGUAACUUCUUGCAAACAUUCACAAUUGAUUUACUAGUGUGCAAACAUUUCCUACACUUUCAUAUACAUUUAAUAGAAACA